ACAGAACGUAAGCCAGUCAUCGAACUACUUGAACCAACAGCAGGGAGUUGGAGCAGAGAAUGCUGUAGAUGGUAACACCAAUCAAUACUUUUCUAGCCGCUCAUGUUCACAUACAGAUGUUGAGACGGAAACGUAUCCAUCCUGGAAUAUCACAUUUGAUCGACCAUACUGGUUUCAUUUGAUCUACAUCUACAACAGAAAUGCCGUUAUGAAACGGCUGUCCGGAUUCAGUCUUUCAAUGUACAACGGGAAAGGGGAUCUUAUUUACCAAUACACAGACAAUGAAAACACCCCUUUACUAGUGUACGAAGUUUCACUAGUGCGGGACAAUUCAGUCAGAUUAAUCAGUAUUGAAGCAGAUCAUGGUCCUACUUCAAGUCGUGUUUUAACCCUGUGUGAAGUUGAAGUUUACUGUAAUUGCGACAACAGUGUACCGUGCAGUGUUUCAGCUGGAACUUGCCAAUACUUUCCAAAUUAUUACUGUCCUCCGGGUACACAUGGAGAAGUCUGCGAGUUUUCUUGCUCUGAACAAUGUCUACAUAGUCUCUGUGAUGCACGAUCUGGGGCCUGUUCUCAGUGCGUCACUGGCUACCAAGGAGAUUUUUGCAACGAAGAUUGCAACAUAGGCCGGUUUGGACAGAACUGCAGUAAUGUCUGCCCAAGAAACUGUCAGAAUGGCCUGUGUGACAGGAUUACAGGAGCUUGUAUGUCGUGUCUUGACCAUUGGACUGGGCCCACCUGUCAGGGGUGCAACCAGGGCUGGUUUGGGCAGAACUGCACUAAUGCUUGCUCAAGAAAUUGUCGCAGUCAGAUAUGUGACAGGAUGACAGGAGACUGUGUGUCGUGUACCGAGCAUUUUGCAGGGCUCAAAUGUCAGGAAUGCAAACCAGGCUGGUUUGGGAAGAACUGCGCUCUCUCCUGUCCAAGAUUCUGUCGCGCUCAUCUGUGUCACAGAGAAACAGGCCGUUGUUUGUCGUGUGCAGGCCGCCAGACGGGACCCAAGUGUGAGG